ACGGUCUGUUUCAUCUUUUUGCUCGCGUGAAAUUAAACUAGAUACUUUGGUUUGUUUAAUAGGGCUUCAGGAACUCAACUCUGAAAAUGAAAAUUCUUUCUCUGAUUGCAAACAACUAGAUUCUAAGGAUUUAAUGAACGAUGGAAGCACAACAAGUUCUGUAUAUUUGGAAAGUGAUGAUCAUGAUAAUGUAGUGCCCAUGCUGGGGUUGACCCAUGAUGAAAUCACUUCAAGCAUAGAUAUGGGGAUUAACCCCCCUGGAAAGAAGCCAGAGCGACAGUUGCAAAGAUCUGUCAGAAUGAGCAGUGAUAUAGUAAAAUUUAUUUCUAAGAGAAAGAAAUACUCACAAGAGCUAAGUAAGCAACUUCAAAAGCUUUUUGCCGUGGUGUCGUUGAUGCCUGAAGAAAGUCUAAUAAAAGUUACCAAGAAGCCAGGUUCGAGAUUUAUCAAAGACUGGAGUAAACAAUGCUGUUCUAUUGUGGAAACAUUUUGCGGUCGUUUUGGUAAGGAGUGUUUUGAACUGAGAGAAUCGAGCUCAGUGCGGAAACGUUUACCAAAACUUGGUGGUAUGUUACGGUCGACUACCGCAGCGUAUUGGAUCGAAGCUAACAACACGAAGUUGGCGAUUAUGACUGAACAGAGUGAGCGAGACCAGGUUUUGACGAAAGUGAGAGAGUUUCUGCAGAAUACUAGAGAUGAUGGUAAGGAGUGAUGGACACUGGUGAUGGAUGAUGAUAGUGAUGGUGGUGAUGAUUGUGAAGAUGAUGAUGAUUUUUUAUUUAUUUAAUUGAUUUUUCGCACAGGAUAGUAUUUAGCUACAAGAAUAGUAAUUAUGUAAAAUAAGUGUAAUACCUAGAGGUCUAUUAGAAACCUGGACGUGCAGGCUUUUGAAUUAAGACCCCUAGUUGAUAAAGAAUUGAUUAAUUAAAUUAUUUACAGUCAAGUGUUUAGAAGAAAAAAAAAUAUAACAAAUAACUAAUACCCAUAUUCCAAAAAUAUACUUAAAAUGUUUUUAUAUAUAGGAGAGUGAUUAUUUACUAUAUAUACAGCUAUUUGUUACAAAUAGAGAUUUUCAAUUUGUUUUUGAAGACAAUGAGUGAAUUGAUUGAUUUUAAAUGAGUGUCAAGCUUAUUCCAAAUAUCAACACCUUUACUAGUAAGAGAAUGAUUGACAUAAUUUGUUCUUCUAUACUUUUUGUGAAGAUUGGAAGCAUUUCUAGUUUUAUUAUCAUCAUGAUCAUCAUCAUGUUGAUAAUCACCAUCAUCAUCAUCAUCAUCAUCAUCAUGGUCAUUGAUAAUCGUCACCAUCAUUCACCAUCGUGAUCAUCGUCAUGUUGAUAAUCACCAUCAUCAUCAUCGUGCUGGUGAUGAUGGUGGUGAUAAUUAUGGUGCUAAUGCUCGUGGAAAUAGUGAUGUAGUAGUACUAGUGGUGGUACUGGCGAUGGUGAUGAUAAUUGUAUAAUAUCAAAAUAAUUAUAAAGAUCGUGGUUUGAAAGUGGUCAAAUGUAAGCCACUUAGUAUGUUUUGUUUGUUUUUCAAAGGAUUUCAAGAAUACAAAAGGAAAAGCAGAAGUGAUCGAAGUGACUGGAGAAAACCGACAGAAUGCGAUGCGGCCAGAAACACGGUAAUUGUUGAUGAAACAAAUUCGCUCAAUUUAGUAAACGACGAAGCAAGAUUUGUCCAGAGAGUUGGAAUUGUUUCUAGAAAAUGUUUUAAAAUUGAAAAAUCCAUUCGUGCGUUAGUUGAGGAGGAUUUACCAACACUGAAGGAAGCUCUCACAUUCUGUAAUAUUAAAUUGGAGAAAGAAACACUGGUGGUGGUUUGUUUGAGAAAUGAAAAUAACAAUGUCGUGGAGAAAGUUGAAAGCUUCCUUCAAAAACGCAAAAAAAUAAAGCGAGCUGAUGGUAAUGUUCGAUAUUUUGUUUUGGCGUAUUAUAUUACACUGCAUUGCAUUGUAUUGUAUUGUAUUCUAUUAUAUUAUACUGUAUUCUAUUUUAUUCUAUUGUGUUCUAUUUCCCCAUAUGAUGUGUUGAAACGUCAAUGCUCUAUAAACUCUAUAACAAGCUGUAAUACUUCUCCAUAUUUUAUUAUAUUUAUUUAGUAGUCACAAGCAAAGCUCAAAGACCUAGGAUAAGAAGCCUACUUUCAAUACCAUUUCACUCUAAAGCAGAUGAGGAUGGUGGUACGAGUUUUGUAAAUUGGCGAAACAAAAACGAUGCAGAAUCCAUGACCUCCCGAAGCGAUGACACACGGCGUAGGCCAAUAAAACUAGAACCAGUCUCUGUGAGAUUAAACAACGACCUUGUAAAAUUUGUAAUGAACAACCCAACAUUCACUCAAGAACUGACAGAACAACUCGAAAAACAAAAUGGAGAAGUCCAAUGGAAACCUGGCAUCCCUUUUGUUACUGUUGUACAAAAAUCUGAGUACGGUUUUGUUUUUAAAUGGUCUGAAACGUGCAAGAGUUUGGUUACCAAAUUUUUCCAACGCUUUCGUAAGGAAAGUUAUACAAUUCAAGAAGAUAUACAAGAGUCAGUUCGCAAAGGACUUGAAGGACUCAAAGAAACUAUAAGUCCUUCGGGAGCGGAUUGUUGGCUUGCAUCGAACAACCGGUGGUUAGUAUUGGUUAGCUUAAAAGACAACCUUCCCUCUAUUAUCAAAGUUGUUGAAGGUUUCUUACAAAAUGUAAAGGAAGAAAACGAGAAGCUAAAAGAAAUUGUGAAGUUUGUUGAAGUUUCAACUGAUCAUAUCGACUAUCUAGAGCAUACACAGUUUCUGAGUACACUAAAGCAAAGUCAUUCUGCGUUAGCUGAAGCGACGUUUACUGAAGCUAGGAAUCAGAUAUGUUUCGUAGGGUCAGAUGAAGAUGUUUCGGCUGCUAAACAGCAAUAUGAGAGUCUAGUUAAAGAAUUGAAUGUUAUUGAAGUAGAGCUACCUACUGAAGCUAUGAAGUUCGUAUCUCAAAAUAAAGGGAUGGAUUUUAUUGAGAAGUGUUUGUCCGAACGCGAAAUUGUCUCUGUAAUUCUGGUAGAGUCUAAAUCUAGCGUGAAAGUUGUCGCAAGGUCGCCGCAAGAAUGUGAGGCUGUUAAGGAAUGCCUGUGUAGCAACGUACGCGAGGCAAUGAUAAUUUUACCAGCAACGAAUGAACAUAUCUUCACCUCAAAGAAAUGGUAUGACAUCUCUAAAACCAUCGAUUCAGAAGAGCUGGUUGAUUACCAGAUUAGUUUUGAGGGUGGAACCAAACGAGAUAUUAAACUUCAUGGCGCUACCCAUCUUGUCGAAAGAUAUGAAAAAACAGUUACAGAUUUCAUCAACUCACAGAAAAUCGUAUGUUACGUAAUGCAUACCCCCCCUGGCAUUGCUCGUUUCAUGAAGGAGAAAUUAGGAGAAGAACUAGGAAAGAUAGAAGCGGACCUCAGAGACGAACAAGUUAAGAUUGAGAUAGGUUCAGCGAAACUCGAGUGCACUGGUACAAAGGAAGGAAUACAUGAGAGCAAGAGGCGUAUUAUGGACCUGAGGGGUAAUAUUAGCACAAGAUCUAAAGAAUACUCUUCAAUCGGUGUAGACAAGUUAUUUUUCAGUAAAGAUGGUCAACGAAAUAUCAAGGGCAUAGAAGCUGGAAGUAAUGUAAAAGUUGAAGUGGUGAAAUGUUUGGAAGGUGUCGAGAAAGAAUCAAACCAUUUCGAUGUUGAAGCAAUACGAGCAGAACGAGAAAAGAGAGAGAUAAAACAAGUUCCAGCAACUCCAUUGGAUCCAUUUGAUCAAUCUAACUUUACAACCAGGGAAGGUCUUAACGUUUCGUGGAAAUAUGGUAAUAUUGCAAAAGAAAGAGUGAGUAUAUUACUAUCUUAAUUAAAUGAUUGAUUACAAUUGCGUCUGAACUACCUGAAAAAGAUGAAGUCGAAGUCGAAGUAUUUUUGACCAGUUAAAUGAUUUAUUACAAUUGCGUCUGAACUACCUGAAAAAGAUGAAGUCGAAGUCGAAGUGUUUUUGACCAGUUGCUUAGGCGCAAACGAUAGCAGAUUAUUGUGGAAUACCAACUACAUUGGACUAAUGAUGACUUUGAAAUAAAGUCGAAAAUUGCAGUCUCAAAAGCUCUUCUUGUGUGUUAUUUAAAUCAUGAAUUUCAGUACUGUUCAUCGUAUAAUACUACUAUUUUAUAUCCAGGCUGAUAUUCUGGUCAGCUCUGCAGUCUCUAAUCUUAACAAUCUAACAAUGGUCGGACGAGUAUUGAAUUCAUUUGGUGGAUCUUCCUAUAUGGCCGCGUGCAGUCAGCACACUAAUAUUGGGACUGGGGAUAUUGCGACCACCAUUGGUGGAAAUCUUGCAUGUAGUUACGUCAUACAUGCAGUGUGCUGUGGUUGGACGUUUGGAGGCAGAGCUGAACAAGUACGUAAUAUAGGUUCAACUUGCCUGCAUCAUCUAACCAUGCUUAGCUCAACUAUAUUGACUUCUAUACUCCAUCAAAUCACUGUGAGGUAGUCCAAAAACAUGUACGUCACUAGCCAUGUUUAACUCGCAGUUACUUACGUCGAAUAUCAGGUCACUAUACGGCAGUCUAAAAUGAAGAACAUGUACUACUCUUGCAUUAUUUAGCAUUUUAGCCAUUCUUAUUUUAACUAGAAAUACAUGCAACCCCUCGCCUCUCCUCAUAGAAGAAGUACAUAUAUUCCGCAUGAAAUAUUAUGGGUGAAUAUAAUAUACUUCUGGAGGCAGAGCUGAACAAGUAAAUAAUAUAGGUUCAACUUACUGCAUGUUUUUUAUGUUUGAGUCACUCUAAGGUUGUUAACAUUCAAGCACAUUUACCACGUCUGCAUUGUCUAACCAUGUUUAUUUUAAAUACUCAGCAGUGACUUAUCUAGAAUAUUAGGUCACGGUACGGUAAUUCAGCAUAACGACUUCAUUGUGAACUACCGUACAAGUGAAGAAAUGUAAUACUCUAUUUAGCCUUUGUACAUUAUUUAGCCAUUCUUAUUUUAAGCUUUGUGUAACAUCUGAUUAGUUUAGGGCAGCUGACAUUCAAGGAUAUGUAUUGCGUGAUCUAAAUGAUCUAAUCAUUAUCAACUCCACGUUGUGAUCGAUUCUGACUAAAUCAAAUCACUUUUGGGCAUCCCACAUUCCAGAACAUGAUAGUUUUUAAAUUCAUUGAAGUUGAUAAAUUUAUUUUAUUACUCUUCAGACACUUCGCAACCUUCUCCUUAAAAUUCUCAUGGAUUGUAAUGGACGUUCAGCACGGUCUGUGGCCAUGCCACUGAUUGGGACAGGAAAACACAAGUUUCCUGAAGAUGUUGUACUACGUGUGAUGAAAGAAGAAUUCGAGAAAUUCAGCUCGAUGUAUCCGCAGAGCACGUUGAAGGAAAUCAAGUUGGUACGAUAUGACCAGGGUGUCAGAAGAAAGAUCGUUCAAACGCAAUCAAUAAUGG